CACUCAACUAAGGUACGUUGCCAAGGUGGUCCCUCUUAAGUCGUACAGGUACACAAUAUGAAGAAAAUCUACGGCCACUCAACCAGCAUCGCCAGAGCCGUGAGGCGACUCAAGGCAGAUCAACAAAGUACGGAUAACCCUGGUGUCCGUCGUUAGUGUUUGCGCUUGCUGCCAAGUCCAUCCAGGAAUAGCACCUAAGGAUCUAGGAAGGUGCCGGGUGCUCUGUGCCCAUUAGAGUAUUAACAUGUUCAAGAGCGUGUCGACCUGCUACUCACAUAAUGUAACCUUCUAAGAGAUAUAUGCAGUGAGAAGAAAAGAACCUGAGGGAUGUCUCCCGUGGAUUCUGCAAGCCCCCUUUACAAUCACAUGACCCCACUUGCGCCACAUACUACCCCAGACUCAGCCACGCAAAGUUGUUGGUCAUGUAAGCAGAAGCAGUGACCGUUCGCAGCACCCGUCACCCCACAUGAUUCCACUCGCCCCCCGUCCUGACGACACCACCUCCCACUCCGGUGCUUCCUUCAAAACUCCAUAGGCAUCCAACACCUUCCGAAGCCUUCGCCUGAUAUACCCUUGACGACAUCCCAUCCCCCGACCUUUCACACACAAAAGAGCCUCGGUACCCGACGUAGAGAAGACCCCCCAGAAGGUCACUCGACCCACAAACUCCCACGCCGAACGACAGCAAAGAAAACGAGAGAUGGCUUCGAACGCAAAGUACGCCCCGGCGCCGACCCAGGACCCCGAUGAAGCCUCGAGCUACCAGGCGCCUCCGGCCUACCAGGCCGAGCCCACCGCCGCCUCCGACACGGAUCGCCUCUUCGGCGGCGGCGCCCCGCGCAGCAGCGAGGAUGACCUCCCGGAUGACUUCAAGUUCGGCGGCUCCGUGGCAGAGGCUACGACCGACAUCCGCAACCAGUUCAUCCGCAAGGUCUACGCCAUCCUCACCGUCCAGCUUCUCGUCACCGGCGCCGUCUCCGCCCUCAGCUUCUUCAGCGAUGGCUACAAGAACUGGAUCCAGGCCCACCCGGGUUUGGUCUUCGCAUCCCUCAUCGGCGCCGUGGUCAUGAUGCUCCUCACCUUCUGGAAGCGCAAGUCCUACCCGACGAACCUCCUCUUCCUCUCUGGCUUUACCCUCAUGGAGGCCUACUCCAUCUCCGUUAUCGUCUCUUUCUAUAAGGCUGGCAUCGUCCUCAACGCCGUCUUCCUCACCGCUGGCAUCUUCAUCUUCCUCACUGCUUUCGCCUGCCAGACCAAGUACGACUUCACCUCCUGGAUCCCCUACCUCGGCGGCGCCCUGUGGGGCCUUGUCCUCUUCGGCUUCAUGUACAUGUUCUUCCCCUACAGCUCCACCGGAGAGCUCGUCUACGGCGGCAUCGCCGCCCUGAUCUUUAGCGCCUACAUCCUCGUCGACACCCAGCUCAUCAUGCGCCACCACCACGUCGAAGAGGAGAUUGCCGCUGCCAUCAGCCUGUACCUCGACAUCAUCAACCUGUUCUUGGCUAUUCUGCGCAUCCUGAACAGCCAACAGAACAACUAAUUUGCUUGCUGUCAUUCUUGUUUCAACGGUGCCAAAAGAGUAUGAACGUGGCAGGCAAGCGGUUUGGUUUGAAAUGGGCUUAUUGCGAUGUGAACUUGGGCUUCGAUGCUGCGUAGUUGGGUGUAUUGAUAAGACAGGAGGAGCUUGAGAUGUCACUUGGUGGUUCAUAGUCGUUUGGGUUCCAUUCUGCAGUGCCUCCUCCAUUCAUAGUAAAUCGAUAUAAUCACGUCUCAUUACAUACCU